CUUCCUCGCUGCUGGAGGCCGCCUCUGCAGCAGCACUCACCUAAGCGAUACGUUCGUCGUAUUAGUAUGGCUAGCAAUGCUUUCAAGCCCAAUCCUCAGUUGCAAUCUCGCCAUGGACUCGUCGUCUGUCCUAGAGGUCUCAGCGAGCAGCGGCCAGCGCUCAGGCAGGAUGUCUCGAGAUGAAGCCGCGUCGCUAACGUACUCACAGCACCGUCGAUCCAGGCCCGUCCGCGCGGUUUCGCCGCAACUCUUCACCAAAUGCCUCUCCCUUGACGAAAUCAAUGGAACCGUCACAAACAGCGGCGGCCCUUCUGACUCUACUACCCGCGGAGGCCGAGCUACUAAUACUACGACUGCUAGCAGUGGAAGUAAGGUUGUACGGCGCUAUGGCAUGAGGCGGAGCCUGGAUAUGGAUGCUGCGCGAGCGGCGGAGCGCCAACCAGAAAGCGUCAGCAAUGAUCGGAGCGCCAGUGGGAGGCUCCUGCCUGUGGCUAGGCGCCAGGCGGUGUUCACGUUUGCCCCCCAUUCCGCAGCAGGAUCGUCCAGCUCCUCCGGCUGUUCACCGGCACAGCCGCCAAAUCAGCCGCCCUCCCCGGCUGAUCAAAUCAGGGCAUGGCGGGAGGCUAGCAGAAACAGUGGCGUUCCGACUUCAUCCAAGGCGGCAGCCGCGGCAGGUGGAGCUAUUAAGGCGCCCAGACCAUCUUUUUCUGCCCCUUUCAAGGGGUCAAGUGGAAACGCAAUCUUCCAUUCUCCCCAGGUUUUGGAGGCCCAGACAAAGCAAGUCCCUGCAGCACAGCUUUAUGGCGGACCGAUGCACUCAGAUGCGCUUGGGGAUCUAUAUCCUGACCCACUAACUAACCAAAGUUUUGCUGCUAGUGACCAGAGUUCUGUGGCCAAUGAAGUGGUUCGAGGAUUUAGGCGGCACCAUUCCGACCCCGGGGGUCGACAAUACUGCCAAGAUAGUGCUUCCGUGUGUUCCAUUCUGCGUUCUUCUUCACUUCCACUGAUAGGUGAUGAUGGGAAAACUCCCGCAAGCAAUCCAGCAGCUUCGGCAUCUGUAGCUGUUGGUAUGGCCCAGAGAGUUCAGGGCAGAUCCUUACCCCUUGAGGUUGAGGACCGGCAGGGACCGCAGCAGGUAAGGCCAGUGCGUCGGGUCACCUUCAACAAGCUGGUGGAAGUAAGAGUUGUCCCUGCAUUUUCGUCCGACAGGUCCCGCUACUAAAUGAUGGCGAAGUAGACACAUUGAUCUCACACCAAGCUAAUUUCCCUUAUCGAAUUGAUUUAACCCGUCGUGAGGGAUUGUUUAAUCAAAGCUAAUGAUCGUGAUUAAAUGUAAUGUUUUUAUCAUAAUAGUGGCUGCGUAAUCGCUUAGAUGCUAUACUCCUUGAG